GUAUGAAUAAAAAUAUGGAAUACACUCACUAUACCCAUAUGUGUGUAUAUUUACUCACGUAACAGUAAAUUCAAUAUGACUGUGACGAGAUGACAAUUCAAAUAAAAUGCGUAAGUCUUAAUUUUGACAUUUAUUUAUCAUCAAACACGUAGCAUAAUCUGAAUGUGCAAGUAUCAUCUUCAAUGGACAACUGUAAAAAUAAAAAAAAUACAGAUUAUCAGUGAUAUACAUGCAAUCUAAUAUUUUUCUAACCUACAAUUGAUUCUAAAUAUUAAAAGUAUUUUUCUUUAUUAUUGAACUGUUUAUUAAUAUUCACAUUAUCCACAGCAGCAAUAAUUUUUUUUAAUCAUUAACUUUUUAAUGACGUGAAUAAUUUUAAAAAAAUGAGUUCAAAUCAAGAAGAUGUUCGAGUGAGAAAUGGUGUUGAAAGAAGAGAAGUUGAUUGGACUGGAUAUGGUUUAGGAAAUCAUGAUAAUCCUAGACAUACACAAAGAGAUGAUGUAAAUAAUUGUAAUGAUUUUGUAUCUAAUAUAUAUCCAUCUGGAGCUAAUGAGUUAUAUGCACAAGAAUAUAAUGCUGAUCCUUGGUGGAAAUCUAAUUUUUUUAUUUCCCAACCAGUACUUUUUGGUACAUGGGACGGAGUAUUUACUUCUUGUCUUAUCAAUAUUUUUGGAGUUAUUGUUUUCUUACGAUCUGGAUGGAUUGUUGGGCAAGCAGGUGCUUUAAAUGCUGUUGUAAUUAUUUUAUCUACUGUAUGUGUAGCAUUAGUAACAGUUCUUUCUGCAGUUGGAAUAUGCGAAAGAUGUAGAGUAGAAAGCGGAGGCGUAUAUUUUUUACUUUCACAUGUUCUUGGAUCUAGAUUUGGUGGAUCUAUUGGAUUAUUAUACUGUUUCGGUCAGGCGGUUGGGUGUGCACUAAAUGUCUUAGGAUUUGGUGAAUCCAUGGCUGGAUUGGUUGGUUUAGAAACUGCUUGGGCUCAAAGAGGAUUCGCUUCAGCCGCAGUUAUUCUUUUGUCUGUCAUUAAUAUUGCUGGUGUAAAAUGGGUUAUAAAACUGCAAUUUAUUCUCCUAUUAAUAUUAUUACUUGCUGGCGCUGAUUUUAUCAUUGGAAGUUUCACUCACGUCGAUCCUGAUGCUGGUUUUAAAGGAUGGCUGUCGGAAAAUUUGAAAAAUAAUACAUUUCCAGCAUAUCAAGACAAAUACGGUUGGUUUGAGGUUUUUGGAGUAUUUUUUCCGACAGUAACUGGAGUACUGGCUGGCAUAAAUAUGAGCGGUGACUUACGUCAUCCCUCAAAGGACAUUCCCAAUGGAACUUUGGCUGCCCUGGGAACUGGAGCUAUUCUUUACCUUAUAUUCUCCCUGUUUCUUGCUGCCACAUGUACGAGAGCUGCAUUACUAAAUAAUUUCAUGAUCGCAUCAACUGUUUCUGCAUUUUCUGUAUUACUUCUUGCUGGUCUCUACGUUUCAUCAUUCAGCAGUUGCUUAGGUGCGAUGUAUGGUACUCCACGGGUAUUGCAAUCGAUCGCAGGUCAAAAUGUAAUUCCUGGAAUAAGUUGUUUACAACGAGGUAGAGGACCGAAUAAAGUACCUAUUUAUGCGAUGAUUGUUGUUGCAACUGUUACAUUAACGUUUAUUUUCAUUGGAAAAAUCAAUACACUUGCUCCUAUUGUUACUAUGCCAUUUUUAUUAACAUAUGCUUGUAUGGAUUAUGCGUAUUUUGCUCUUGCACAAACUUUUGAUCUUCAGCAUACAAGAGAACAAAGAUUUAGAACUCAAACACCUACCUUUGAACGUAAUUAUGGCUCUGCUGGAAAUAAUGAUAGCAUCUGUGAUGUUGAUAAUGAUUUAGAUUCUCUCUUUCCCGAAAGAACAAGACAUAAACAACUAAUGAGAAAUUCGAGCAUAUCAGAUAGUACCGGAAAUGCUGAUUCAUCGCCUAGUAUUGAAGAAAAUGGAAGUAUUGACGGAGCAAUAAAGAAGCCACAUAUCCAUGGGAAAUUAGGAAAUUGGUAUAGUCCUCUUUGCAAUCGAUGGUUUUCACUAUUGGGGGCUCUAGUAAAGCUGUUGAUAAUGUUUUUGGUCCAUUGGGGCUAUGCGAUAGCAAACAUAGUGGUAGUAUUUCUUGUCUGGAGUUACGUAGGUCAUGCGAAUCCUGCCGUAAAACCAGGAGUAUCAGCUGAGUUUAAACUCUUUGAAUGGCUAAGAAAUGUUAUUCUUAAACUUAUGGGACGUAAAGUUUAUAAUUAUGAACAAAUUGUUGUAACACCGAUUCCACCUGGAGUCGAAACAUCAUCAUCCCAAUUAAAUGAAGAAAAUGAAGACUUUGCCGGACGUAGAAGAUAUCAUCAAACUGCCACUGUGACAGGUCAAUAUGUCAAUGUUGACUGAAAUUUAUAGUGAAGAAAUAUUUUAAAAAAUUACAAAUAAUGAUAAAUCAGAAAAUUACAAUUAUGUAUAAUUUUAAUGAGAUUACUUCAUGGUUGCACUCAGACUGAUAAAUGCAUUAACUUAAUUAACAUUUUUUACCAUUUUACUAAGGAAUAACAGAGUCAUACAACUCAUGAAUAAUCAAUAGUUAUACCUGAUAGUAAUAUAAUAAUUUAUAAUAUUUAAUGGAAUAUAAAAAUGGGAAAUAUUUAUUGUCUUUAAUUUAUUUAAUAUACUUGAUUAAAAAAAAUCAUUAAAUUCAGAAUAAAAAGCCUAUGUGGAUCAAAUAAUAUUUAAAAUAUUACAAUUUAUAUCAAUAAAUGUUUUGUAAAUAAUAUUUAUCAUUCUCGUGUACUUUUCAUAUCAUUUUAAUUUUCAGUACA